AUGCAGUCCUUCAAACCACCCGACUUCCUGGAUGCCGGGGCCGUGUCGUCCCGCUCACGCAGCCCCAGUGUCGUUUCCACCGACUCGCAGUUCUCCCGAGUCAACCUCAUGUCCCCGCCAACCGUGAGGCCGUCUCCCGCUUUCAUCUCGGCCGCUGCAGCUUCAGAGAUCAUCUCCGCUGAUCAGGAGUUCAACGCUGCCGACUUCGUCACCGAGGAUGAGAUGACCGGCAACAGUGCUACCGCACUGGUGACACCCGCUGCACUUUCGCUCCUGAAUGGGUUCCUGGAUAACCUUUUAUACAACAUUCUUGCCUCAUCCAAAUCAACACAAAUGGCGUCCAUUCGCCCCGCCAUGGCCGAUGUGCUGAAGCCUCGCCUUGCCCAAGAGGUCGUGGCUGCGGCCGAAGAAGAAUUGAGUGAAUAUAUGGGCGAAGAGGAGGAUGAACAAGCUGAAUUCCGCGGUGGUCAAGAGCCAGGCGGCGACUUUGAUCUGGUGCGGUCAUGGAAAUUGACCCGUCUAAGAUGUAUGGUCUACACACGCCUCGGCGACAUGGAGGAGGAUGACGAGGAUGACUUCAUUGCGCAAGAUGGUCUUGGAGAGAACGAUGGGGCCCCCCGCCGAUUCACCAGCCAUGUCGAUAACAUCACACCCGCCGCGUCUAUCUUCCUCACCUCGAUUAUUGAAUACAUCGGCGAACGUGCGCUCGUCAUUGCCGGGGAAACAGCGCGAUCUCGAUUGUUGGCACAGCUUAAUGAUGAUGAUCUUAUCGGACCUGACGAAGAGCGGAAGAGAAUCACUCGACUUGUGGUGGAAGAUCUCGACAUGGAGAAAUUAGCCCUGAAUGCGACCCUGGGUCGGUUGUGGCGGACGUGGAGAAAGCGCAGACGUGGUACCACGAUCUCUCGUACUUUGUCUCGCGAAUCAAUUCGUCGCCGCGGGUACUCCCUGGCAAACAGCCGGAAGAGCAGCAUUGGGACCAUUGAAGAGCCACCUGCACCCAGGGAGCCCGUUCCCCCGGUGGAUGUCCCCCCACCGCUGGACCCCGCCACUGUCCCUCUGCCGAUGAGCGAUUUCGAUGUCCAGGAAAUCGAGGUCCCUGGUUAUGUUGGCGAUCUGGAAGGUGAGGUGCAGACCAUGGAAGCCGUCGUUGCCCACAAAGUGCGACCGCGCAGUCUCAUGGUCUUCUCAUCCCCCUCCCUUCUCGCGCGAUCUCCCACCUCGGCAACCAACUCGCCUAUGAGCGCAUCGGCCAUCGAACCCCCCAUGUCAUUCCGUCACCAUCGCACAAGGUCUUUGCCGGCUGAAACGCCUCCCCCCGCCGAGGAGGAAGUUGUGGUGCCCGAAGACCAACCCUCGCCCACCAUAUCCGAGAAAAAGAAACUCGAGACUAUGUACGAAGAUGACGAGUCUGCAGAAUUUGUGGAUGCAACCGAGGAUGCAGUGGAGGAUGCAGUGGAGGCUACCCCUGGAAUUGCGAUCACCACAGAUCCAGAAAGUUCGCGAUCGUCCAAGGCUGCAGAAGUUUCCGAUAAUGCAAGACUGUCGACUCAGCAAGAGGGCGUGGCGCCUCCAGCGGUCAAUGAAACCAUUGCAUCCUUGCGUGCUACUGCGGACGACGAGGAUUUGACCGAUCAAACCAAUAGUGCCCGCAUCUCCAUCGCGUCCCUGGGUGAUCGACCGAAUCAGGAAGACCCGGAGGUUAUUGAAGGCACCGGGACCUGCGAAAAGCCUAAAUUGACUUCGGAGAUCCAGCGACCAAAGAAGCAGCCCUCUAGGGAUAUCCUAUCAUUGCAGGCACGGUCGAUCUCUCCACAGACUAGUGACUCUCAAAUGCAUGCCGCGGAGGGGCAGAUCCCAACGCAAGGGGUGGAGUUCACGCCGCCAUCUGUGACUCCCGUCGAGGCUGUCACUUCUACUGAUCAAGAUGCGACCGAUCAAGAUCAGAACAAGACGAUGAUGAUUUCCACCCCUGGUGGGUCUCCCACCGAGAGUAAAGAAGACAUUCAAACUUCAAAGUCUCAAGGAUCCCCCCAAACCUCCCGCCCAGCUUCUUCUUCAGGCGAUUCACAACGGUCAAAGAUCCGCCCAAGGCCUGCUCCCUUGGUUGUCGCAGGUAGCAACCUGAGCCCCUCUGGUGACCGCGCCGCUGUACAGCGCAUGGGUCCUCGGCCCUCGACAUCAGGUUCUCCCUCUCUCCAUUCUCAUUCGCGUCGCUCUGGUAGUUUCGGCAGUGCUCGUGAGAUCAAGCGGCCAGUGACUGCUGGCUCAACAACAUCACAAGUGUCUAGCAGAUUGAAAGGCCUCAUGGGCCGGCCACAAGGUGACGGGCACUCGACCCGCUUGCGCAGCUCGUCUGAGACGAGUCGUGCAUCUGGCGCCAGUGGAGAUUCGGCAGACAAUGAGAUUGUCGAUUUGGACAAGUUGAUCAACAGCGACGAGACCAUCCACUUUACCCUCACUCCCAAGAGUGUCAGGGAGAUGUCCUUCCCAGAAUCGUCCGAUCGCCCGAUCCCUCGCUCUAAUACUUUAGGCCCCGAUAGCGCGAGCGAGCCCUUGAAGGCUAAUUCCACAUCCAGCGAAGAGAAGCACCGUGCUCGUGCUUCAGUUUCAUCCAAGGCAACUGGGGCAACCGCCGGUACCGCGAACACCAGCAGCAGUGGCGGCAUGACCACAGCUUCUCGUACAAGAUCCAUCGAGUCUAAGCACGUUCCAAGUUCAGCUCGAAUGACCCCAACCUCGUCAAUCUCGACCUCAAGGUCUAUGAAGGCGGCGCAAGCUCGAGAUGAGCGGGCACCUGCAGACUCUACGAGUGACUUUGCAGAAUUCAUGAGGUUGACUGGCCCUCCACCUGCGCCCACUAGUGCGUCCACCAGUGCACCUGCUAAUGCACCUGCUAGUACGUCACCCGAGCCUAAGACUCCGGCUUCAGCAGAGCCUAAGAGCCCGGUCUCUGUCGUACCAAAGGCCCCAGCCUCAACCGAGCGACCGAAGCCUGUUCGUCCUCCCUCUGGCCAGUCAGCCGCAUCUCGCGGCACAGCUACGUCUCGCGGUAGCAAACCCAAACUACAGGCUCGGUCCGCUGAGACCAAUGGAUCAUCGUCGGACCUCAUCGACUUCAUUCGCGAGGGUCCCCCAAUGCCAGCUGGUGCUCACAGGAUCCCUCGCACUGUGGCACCCUUCCGUAACACCAUUGAUUCGGAUGAUCUUCAUAUCGACGCCACUAGCUCCAUCGCCAGUACUGGCAACGGCACCACUCCAGACAAGUCUAUGUCAUCACUUGGUUCGCGGACUGGUUUGUUGGACUCGGCGAACCAAAAUAAGGCUACGGCAUCGGGCAGCGCAAUGGCUUUCGAUGAACCUCAGCCUCCUGCCCGGAAGCAACGCCGCGUUCCCGACCCCUAUGCCAUCGACGACGAUGACGAUGACGAGCUAUUGGAAGAGCUUCUGGAGUUAGAAGAAAACCCCAAGCCUAAGCGCGAAGAAGAGAGCAUGAUGGACUUCCUGCGCAGUGCUCCACCUCCUCCCUCAUCCGAUGAGCCUCCUCAGCCAUUCUUCUCUUCUGCGGCGGCCUCGAAUGGCUCUUCCAACUCCUCCGGGAUGAAAGCUCGCUUGCUUCGUGGCACGCAGAACCCCCUCCGCCCCCAAAACACCCCUCCAAAGGCCCCUGCCAACUAUUCUGCAAAGGUUGGUCAGGAACGCUACCAAGGCGCUAUGCCUAAUGCUUCAAACCGCAAAACCGAUACCAGCGACCUUGCAGACUUCCUGCGAAACUCGGAACCCCCGCGCCCUCCUCAACCGGCCCCCAAGCCGAAGGACGGCGGCUUUGCUCGAUUCUUCACACGCCGAAAAAAGACAGAGGCUUAA